UGCAAAUUGGUUGGGUCAGUCUGUGCCGCAGCCUCUGUGGUAGCAACCCAGCAUGAAGGUCAGAAAGGCAACUAGUCUAACAAGGAAGCCCUCUUUGAAAAAUUGGUUGGGUGCUGUUGGGUAUUGGGUGAGCCUGCCUGUGGUAGAAACCCAGCAUGCAUGUACGGUGGGCACGCCGGUAUUGGCGACAAGGAUUACCCAAAAAGGGAGCCAGUCUUGAUCAAGAAAUUGAACGCUGGGUAACUACAGUACCAAGUAAGUUUGGAAGAGGAGAUCCCAGGCCGCCAAUCCUGAUUUUUAGAGCGGGCAAUCUUGCCUUGGUUGCGUGGGUUUCUUGCUUGUUGGCUGCCUUGGAUGGAGGCAGGACCUUGAAGGACUUGUCUGCGGCCACUAGACUACUACAUGUAGCUAGCUAGCCAGCAGGCUGAACUAUCUCUUACUCUAAUAGCUAGCUACUACCAGGUAUUAAUAGCUAGAGUUGAUGUACUAGCUAGUACCUUGCACGGACAGGAUGGCGAGGAUGAGCUUUGAAGGCCAGGUCCUGGAGUUCACCUCCACUAUUUUGUUGUCGAGCGACCUUGUAGGCUUGUUACUACAUGUAGAACUAGUAGCGCACCUCCGCUCCAAGCGCCACCAAGCCACCAAGCAAAAGAGCAAACUGCAGAAUAAGGCUUGGGGUAAUGACCGUUCAUUGGAGAUGUUCCAUGAAAGUCCGGAAAAGGUUCACCUUUCGGUUCAAGAAUUAGGGACAGUUGCCGAUUGGGGUCUUGUCGUCUUGGUCACCACGAUCGAGGUACUGUUUGUUGUAUAGUAAAUAGGGUGAAAAGACAUGAUGGUGACUCGUGACUUGGCGCGGAAGAUCUGUGCCAUUGUUGUUGCUGUUGGUAUUUACCCAGCAAAAAAUCAGUUCCCACCACAAAGCCCAAAACCAGACUAAUAAAGCCAAAGCAUUCUCUGCUUGCCGGGAUCUUUUUUCGUCACACACAACACAAAUACUAGCUCUAGUAGCAUGAGAAGAGCUACGAUCAGGCAAGACACUCUCAACUUGACUACUAGUAUCUGAUAAUCACACCAUACAUACAUUGAGCUAAGAUAAGAGAAAAGAUUUGAGGACCAUGACGUCUCACCAUCGUAAACGUUUUUUCAGUAACGAGUCGAACAGCAACGGCAAUGGCAAUGGCAACGGCAGUCCUGGUAGCAGCUCCAGUAAAAACCUACGAGGAUUGGGUCGCAAUAAUAGUGGAUCCAGCAGUCGCAGCCAUCGCAGUGCUUCUCCUCCUGAUCAACUGAUUGCCGACUUGAGUCACUCCUUAUUAGGUCAAGCUCAGGCACACUUUAGCCCUGUCAAUGUCACAGUGGAUAACACUGGCUCUAUGGACUCCAGCAUGAACUCAGCUUCCAGAUCUAGACGCAUAUUGACUCCCAACCACAGUGGAAACUUGAACUUUGCUGCUGAUCACUCCAGUGGAAAUGAUUUGACCAGUUCUAGUAGAAGAAGACCUUCAGUUGGUACUGGCAGUCAUGGUAGUGUCCAAAGACACCACUCUGGAGAAUCCAUCUUUAGAGGGCAUGGUUCACCAAGGUCUCCUACUACUACUAGAGCUUCUACCAGUACCAGUGCUAGACCUGAACUGCAAAGACACAGAAGUCCUCCCAUUCCUUCCUACUCUAAUUCAGCCUCUUCUUCUUCCACCAACAACCUAAGUAACCUCAACAACCUCAACAACCUAAGUUCCAGUACAAGCACUAGACAACGCUGUUCUCCCAGAAUGGCACCCAAGAGAAACACCAGUACCAGUCAAUCCUCUGGAGAUAUGGAACAGCAGCAUGCCCAUGCCCAACAAGCACUGCAACAGCAACAAUUGUCCAUGUCAAUGUCUAUACAACAACAAUCUGACAUGAACAUGAGCAAUACUCCCUAUGGAAUGCUCAAUCCUGGAAACAGCUCUUUCUUUGGACCCAAGAGAAGACAACAACUAUACUACACAAACUCAAACCCAAAUUCAUCUUACAUGUCUUCCUUUUGGAAUCAUCUUCUCCAUUCUGCCACUUCUUCAUCUUCAUCUUCCACACCAAACAAUAAAACCAACAACAAGCAAAUGAUUGCCUUGUUUGCCUUUUGCACUCUCAUCAUUCUAGGCAUGGCCGUAUACCAACAUGAUGCCAUGCUACAAGAUGCACUACGACUCAAGGAACAAGAAGUACAACAUCACAUUCAUCACACCAAGGAAAUGGAACAACGAGUGCAAACACUGAGACAGCAAAACUUGCAACUCGCCGAUCAAAUACAACAUCAGCCCGUUGUUCCCGAUCAACAGCAGAUUGAUCUAGAAACACAACGCAAACUAUUUCAUUGGGAACAUGCCAAUCUCAAAAUGCAACGAGAUGUACAACUCAUGAGUAAACGGUUGCUGCGAGAAAAAUACGGACACGGACCCAAGUACUACGUACAAAUGAAACUAGAGUUUGAUCCACACUCCAAUGUAUUCAAGGACCGAUCCAAUCCUGAUUCUGCGUUGGAAGUCGACGAUGACAAUGAUGUGGUCAUUCUGGAAACGGCGUCCAUUGAAGACAUGCCACACGCUGUAUACUUGUUCCUAGAACAGGUCGAUCAUCACCUAUACGAUCACACUACCUUUCAUCGCAAUGCCGCACACAUCAUUCAAGCGGGUCCGUCCAAUAGUCCUCAUGCUCAUGCACUCUUUCGACAUGCACCGUCUCUCAACAGUGUCAUUUUUCAAGAGUAUGCUCCUGAAAUGAGUCACAAACAAUACACCCUCGGGUAUCCCGGACGACCGGGAGGACCCGACUUUUAUGUCAACAUGCGCGACAACAGUCUCAUCAAUGGACCUGGUGGCCAACAUCAUCACUACUCCGACUUGGCCAAGGAUGCCGAUCCCUGUUUUGCAAAGGUCGUACGGGGUUUUGAGACGAUUGAACGCAUUCAUCGAUCCGCCGUCAUGGGAGAGGAUGCCAUUGUCCAUCCCGUUAUUAUCGAAAGUAUGAAAGUGCUCCCCGAUGAUUAUGUCCUCCCGCAUUCCUUUGAUGAUACCUCUUCGUCUAGCGAUGAAGAUGAAGAAGGAGACGAAGAACAUCAUCAUCAUCAUCAACACCACCAUCAUCCACACUUGCUGCGACAGCAUCACGAUCGAGAAGAAGAACAAGUACAACAACAACAAGACAAAGAGAUGGAAAUGCUGUUGAUGUAAGCUAAGCUAAGCCAACCUAACCAAGCAAUCGGGCACUCGUUUGGCUACAGUAACUUUCUAACUAAAUAGACUAUAGUAACAUUCGUUUUGGAUCGGCU